AUGGCAGCUGCAGCAGCGGCCCUCUCCCACGCUUCCUCCCCCUUCUCCGUCUUCCUGGUUCGCUCUACGCCGUGCGCGUCGAUCCUCGGUCUCCGCUUCCUGAACGCGUCUGCGUCCUUCCAAGGAAAAUUCGGGCCUCGGGGAGUGGUUCCUACGUCGAGGUCCCGAAAUCUUGGGCAUCCUACCGUGGCUGUCCGGUGCUCGGGGGGUCCUAUAAAGGCACGCCCAUCGUCAGAACUCCGAAGGAGUCCGUCGCUGGGUGAUGACGAGAAACUUCGUGCUCUUCGGGAGUUGUUUUCGAGUCCUGGCGUCGGGAUCGACGCCUAUAUUAUCCCCUCUCAGGAUGCUCAUCAGGUUAGCUCCUCCUGAUUCUGCUUAUACUCUGGAAAUAUUUGGAAGCCUUGAAAAUUGCUCUUUGCCACGGGGAAGCUACGAUCCCUCUAAUAUUGAUUAUCCUAAAUUAUUCUUCAUAGACUAUGUUUAGCUUCGUUGAGGUUCCAAUAACUUCGCUACUUUAAAUAAAAAAAAUCUAAUUUUCCAAUUAUCUAUUCGUCUUCCAACGAGACCACCUAAGACUUGGCACAAUUUUUGUGUUGAGUAGGGAUCACAAAGAAACAGAGGUGAAUCACAGUAAAUGCUACCAUAAUAUGGAUAUUAGUGUUAAAGGCUAGAGAGACGGAACUUCUGAUGUAGGGAUCCGACGUGAGUCCUUGCAUACAAAUUUAGCUUUGGGCACACACCACUACGUUUGGCUAAAGCAGAUGCAAACAGGGAUAAGAGCUGGAUAAUUACGGGUCUAUUUGCAUUCUUAUCUAUCUUCAUCCUUUUUAGUUUUCUUUCAACUAGUGUGGUCUUUACAUGUGUUCUUCAUUGUCUUAUGUAAUAUUUGUACAUUGGAAAAGGAAGUCACAGUCGUUAGUGUUCUUUAACGAUAUUACUUGGCAUUUGAUGCUGGGAGUCUAUUCUUUAUAAGUUUAAAGUGCAGAGUCUGUGCGAACAUAUUAUUUUGGAUAAAAUAUUGUCGACACUUUUUUGCCAACCAUUCUCUUAACGGAGUCAUCAAAUAAUGUUAUCAGUUUUUUGAAAGCUAUGAACCAUCUAAGAAGUGAUAUGAUAGAGUGGUAUACAAAAAUAUUAAUAUUAAUAUUAAGAAGAAUAAAAAGACCUCGGGGCUAUCAAUUUAAUAAGGGUUAAAGUUGUCUUUAGGGUAGAAACAUAUAAUUACCUCCUGCAUGAGCAUAGGUGCCACUUGAAGGAUGAGAAUCAGACUGAAUUAUCAGCUAACCUCCAGAAUCAGACAGAAUAUGUUAGGAAGAAGCUGUCUUUCACGUAUGGGAGGCUUUUGAGAUUUAAAUGGUGACUUGAUUAAGAAUGUAUCUAGUUCUAUCUGGGUUUCUUUACUAGUAAAAAAACAGCAAAAGGUCCUUGUGGCCAUGACAAGAUGACAUAUAAGAGAAUGGAAUUUUUCAUAUAUAUAUAUAUAUAUAUAUAUAUAUAUAUCAACUCUAUGUGCUGUAAUUUUAACUCUCUCCAAUUCUUGUCUGUGAAUUGAUUUGUAUGAGAUAUUUUUUGGAAGUUGGCCAGCAUGUGAAUUUUGUUAGACGAGGAUAAGGGAAUAAAGCUUCAGUCUUGAAUGUCCAACUCAGCCUGGAAACUAGGUUCGGUGAACAUUGUCAUAAUUGGUUACUUACUGAUAGCUAUCACCAUUGGCCAUGUCUGGCCUACAUGUUCCUUCUCCUUGUUCAGGCCCCUGCAGGUGUUAAACCCAUGACCUCAGAUUGUGCAGUUUCCAGGCUAGCAUGCAGUCACUUCGGUACGUUGUAUUCUCAUACAGGAAAAAAUAUAUACGUGAAUCUUUGCUUAUUUGGCAUAAACAACAGUGUGUGUCUAGAAAAAGCUUCGUGCAGAGAUCAGUAACUUAGAGCCCUAGGAUUAUUUUUUGAGAGCCGGUAGAUCAGGAUUCAACAAAUUUUCUUUUAUUUUUUUGACUUCUGUUGAUUUUUGAAUAUAUUUCUCAGUGUUCUCCUAUUUUCCCCCUUAACCAACAUGGACCAGAAAAUCCCCAAGGCUUCUCUAUUCCAAUUCAAAGGAACUCCGCUCUACGCAUUGGACGGAUGCUUUAAGAAGAAGUUGAUUGUGGAUUGAUUUUAAUUACUGUGUAUUUUGAUUGAUAACUCUAUAUCAUGUUUGCUAGGCCUAGUUAAAUCGAGAUAGAUGAAUCAGUGGUAAUAUGUUCUAAAAGAAAUAUUUCUUAGAUCAGAGAAUUAAUUUUAAGAAUAAAUAUCACAUUGAACCACUGGUGUGGCUUGUCAAAUGGUGCAUGCUUUAUUGUCAGAGGAAGAAGUGGGUUUUAUGUUAACUAUAUUACUGUCAGAAGAAAAAAAUUGGAUGGAUGAGUAUUUCUCAUUAUAAGUGUACUUAUAUGGUUUUUCACUGUGUUUACUUGCUAGAGUGAGUUCAUUGCUGAAUGCUUCAUGAGAAGGGCCUUCAUAUCAGGGUUCACUGGCAGUGCUGGGACUGCUGUGGUUACCCGAGGAAAAGCUGCUCUUUGGACUGACGGGCGCUAUUUUCUUCAGGUUCCAGUCGUUUGAAUAUUAUUACUUUAGAAUGCAUUUCUUCUUGUCGUUUGGUAAAAAUAAAUUUCAGAAUGCAACCUUUGUCUUUUAUACUUGAUGUAUGCAGAUUUUAUGACAUUGACUUUUGUGAUCAGGCUGAGAAACAAUUGAACAAAGACUGGGUGCUUAUGCGAAGUGGGAAUAUUGGAGUUCCUACUACUGGCGAAUGGCUUAAUGAUGUUUUGACUCCAGGUUGCAGAGUUGGCAUUGACCCUGUGAGUUUUCUUUAUUUGUUGAUCCGCAUCUUCUUCUUGUUCAUCAUAGAUCUGUAAAAUUGUUGACUCGUUUUGAUUACCAAAAUCUUUGAUGUUGGUUAAAAAUACUUUGGUCAUACCUAUUGUGGGAACUGGCGGCUCUAAUCACUUAUUUCUCCUAUUUGUGCAAUGUUAGACACAUGCUUCAGCAAUCGUCUAGAAUGUACUGUAACUCGCUUUUUCUCUGUUAUUAUUAGUUCUCUGUCUAAUGUAUUUGACUUUGUGAAGGGGACAGUUUCUUUUCUCUUCUGAUGCAGCGGAGGAAUUGAAAAACGUUCUCUCUAAGAAGAAUCAUCAGUUGGUUUACCUCUAUGAUUUCAAUCUAGUGGACAAGAUUUGGAUAGAAUCAAGGCCAAAACCUCCAGCGGAACCCAUAAGAGUCCAUGAUAUCAAAUAUGCAGGGAUUGAUGCCUCUUCAAAAAUGAUUUCCUUAAGAUCUCAGCUCCACGAAGCUGGGUGUACAGCUAUUGUUAUCUCAAUGCUCGAUGAGAUUGCUUGGUUACUGAACUUGGUAAGUUUUAAUAAUUAACUAAACUGAGUGUGGUGUUUAUGUGAUGUAGUUGAUGCCGUCUAUGCUGAUUUAAUAUUUAUAUCGCGGACUGAACAGCAAUGCAAAAUAGGGUGGUCAUUAGAAAGGCUUUAAUUUAGUUAAUUUAGUUUUAUUCUGGAGUAAGAUAUCAUUUUGCACACAACUCUUUUUAAAGAGGUCAGAUCACUUAUGCUUUCACCUUUUGCCAAGGUUGACAAAAACAUAGAUCAAAGUAGGUUUUUUUUUUUUUCGGCUUUUCAGAUCAUGAAAUGUAGUCUAGAUAAUUAUCCUGUGUAUCUUACAGUUACGUGAGUGAAUAAUUGUUGAUUUAGCAAUUGAGUUACUAACAUUUAUUUCAUUUUAGUUGUUAAUGCUUUUAUAUAAUUUUUAGUCACUGCUAUUUUAGAGUUACGUAUUGGUCUUGGAUUUCUACUUUGGUGUAAGGAUUUGAAUUUUGAUCUCCAUUUUAAAUAGUACCAGCAAGCUUUAGGAUUAACAGCACUCCAGUGUGCUAAACUUUUGGCCUAAGAUGCUUGCAUAGCAACAUAGAAUAAUCAGACUGUCGCUAUCUUCAGUGAUGGAAUGCAUGUUAACCGUCAUGUAUGUAACAGCAUGUUUACACCAAAGAAAGUCUCAUAAAGAUGUACGAUUUUGGAUUAUGUGUUCGUGAUUACUGCUUCAAGUCAACAUUUUUCCUAUUGGUAGAUUAUCUUGAUUUUUGUGUUUGUCUGGGAGGAUGAUACAAAUUAUGGUCUGCUAACCGAUUUUUAUCUCAUUUUUAUAUUGCAGAGAGGAAAUGAUGUUCCAAAUUCACCUGUGGUGUAUGCAUACUUAAUUGUUGAGAUUGACAGUGCUAAAUUAUUUGUUGAUAAGUCUAAGGUGACUCAGGAAGUUUUGGUUCACUUGGAAAAUUCUGGAGUGGAACUGAGGCCUUAUGAUUCUGUUAUCUCAGAAAUCGAGAGGUUUGCUUGACAACAAUUAAUAGUUUUUCUUAUAAUCUCUUCUAUUAUCUCAAUUGAAAUUUCGCGUAACCUUUCAUGUAUUCUGAUCAAUUUGCGUGUUAAAUUUUCAUGAGGCCAUUUUAUUCUCUCUUUAUCCUUUGUGGGUUUUUAGCUUGAUGUUGACGCAGACCCAUUGAAUGAUGAGCGAUCCGCCAUAUUCAUUUAUUGUGGUUUUUGGCUCCUUCAAAACAAAGCUAAUAUUUUUUACUUUUUGAGCUAAAUCUCCGUCAGUAGAGGAUGAAUAUAUGCAGAAGAUUCUAAUUCUGUCAAACUUCUCAAAAUGACAGAAAACUCAUUCUCCUAGCUGACCUUCUCCCUUGCCCCUGGCUACCUCCCUUUUUUGUCGGCUGCCAAGAACUCUCCUUCCUGUUGGUUGUGCCCUGCCCUGGCCGUCCCCUCUCUUCAUCCUGCAAUACUCCUACUUUUCCCGGCAGUUCCCUCUCACCAUCUGGCAACUUUGGCCCACGCAUUUUCUCCUGCGGCCCAAAUGCCUAACCCCUCUGUCUUGCGCUGAACCCCUAGGCCUUCUCCCAGUCCAGCUGUCUAAUCUGCGCUAGGAGGCUUAGGAGCAAGUCAUAAAAGUGAUACUUUCAAUGGAGUAUGGUCGGACCUAAAAGGCAUCAGAAAAUAAUUAAUGUGUAAUAUUGUUUUCAUUUUAUUUCAACCAGAAAUAUUUUUAAUUUUCUGCAUCAUAGGAUGAAACAUUUUUGAGAUCCAUAUACGGGCUUAUUAGAAAGUGUGCUAACUAUAAAUUCCCAUGGGUAAUGAAGCAUCUGACUAUCAAUUGUUGCUUGAAUUGAAUUAUAGAGCAGAAAAAUUAUGGUUUUCAAAUUGAUAUUAUGGUGGUGUUGAGGCAAUCCCUUGCAUGUCCCUAGUCGUCGAAUCCUGACUCUCAGAUCAGUUUGUCAGGAUUCUCAAUCAGACCGUUGAAACCCUUACCGAACUCUAGUAACCGUAGAUACCCUGAAAAGCAGACAGGUCCACUGUCUUCUUAGAGGGACUAUGCCUGCAGAAAGUGGAACGAGCUCCUGGGUUUGUGCUUGCUAUCAUGCAUUACUUUAGAGGCUCUUUACAAUUGUGAAAGGUCAAAAAAAUGACACAAACAGUGGGGAGGAAGCCAUAACAAAAUUAAAACAGCCUGCAGAUCAAUGACCCUACAGAGGAUAGCAUCUGCUUAAGUGUAUACACUUAACUCCAGUUUGUUUGAUCUUCCUUUAUCUGCUUAAGCAGAUGCUUUCUCAAGUGUAUGCUGCUAAGAUCCAAAAUCAGAGAGUGACGAACUUGUCUUAUUUAAUGAAAAUAGUCCUCUGGAUGGAAAGAAAUGAAGAGAGAAAUAGUAGAAGAACCAGGAACAGAUUGGAGAGUCGCAUACAACUCCCAAUCAGAACCCCAAACCCUCUCGUUGAUCCACGAGCACAAUACAGCCGAUUUCCCCCCCCCCCCCCAUUCCUUCCUCCCUUGCUCCUUAUAUCCUGCUCCUUGCUACAACUUCCCUCUGCCUUAUUUAGGCAGUUAUCCUCCAAACUGCUCCUUGCUAUAACUGCUCCUUCUCUCCAUCCUUAAGUAAUGCUGACCGUUACUCUCUUAUUGGGGUUUGGGCCUUCUUCCUUCUAAAAUAUGUAUGUGGAGGCUUAUCAUAUGAUUUCUCAAGCAGAUGCUUUCUCAGGUUACAUGCUUUCAUUACAGCAAGAUCUUGAUUCUCUUUGCACUGUCAUUUCUGAUCCUAAAAUUAAUUGUCUUCCCCCUGUUAAUUGUCAACUUACCCUUCUACAACCCUUUGUCUACACUUACUCAACUCUUUCUUUAUUUGACAUUAUUAAAGUUUAAGCAUCUGCUUUCUCAAGUGAACUACAGAUCAAACAACCUGGAGUUCAGGAGGCAUACACUUGAGAAAUCAUCUACUUAAAGUUUAAUAAUGUCAAAUAAAGAAAAAGGUUGACAAGUGUAGACAAAGGGUUGUAGAAGGGUAAGUUGACAAUUAACUGAGGGAAAUGGCAGUUAAUUAUAGAGUCAGAAAUGACAGUGCAAAGAGAAUCAAGAUCCUGCUGUAAUAAAAGCAUACAACUUGAGAAAGCAUCUGCUUGAGAAACCAUAUGAUAAGCCUCCACAUACAUAUUAUAGAAAGAAGAAGGCCCAAACCCCAAUAAGAGAGUAACGGUCAGCAUUAAAGGAAGAGUUUGACAGUUAAUUAUAGGGUCAGAAAUGAUAAUGCAAAGAGAAUCAAGAUCCUAAUGUAAUGAAAGAUGCUAUUGUGAAAUGGGAUGCAGAAAUUAAUAAAAUAGUUGAGCAGACAAAAAAUGUUAAGACUUGGCACAAGAUCACAGAAAUGAUAAAUUGAAUUCACUUCCCAUUCCUAAUCUUUGAAAACGGGAAGAAAAUAAAUGAGGUUCCAAGAAGUGUCUUGUUGUUAUCGUUUUAGAAUUUUUCGUUGUGUCUUCCACAAUUCCACCACCAGAUCUUCAUCUCAACAGGAGUCUUCUUGUUUCCAUGUUCUUCUCUACUUUUCAACAAUUAAACAUUGCAAUUAUAUGUUUAGAUUUAAUUUUUUUAGCCCACUUUUGUGGAUAUUGAAUCACGCAAUCAUACUCCAGGUAGUUGCUAUCUACCAAUCGACUUUUGGUUAGAAAUUUGACAUUUCAUUUUAGUUAUUUCCACUUGCAUGUCCUUCUGAUAUGCUAUUUGAGUCAGUAAAAUGGGUCAGGAAACCCUGAUAUGCAUGUGGCAUCGUAAAACAAUCUUAGCCAGUUACAGUUUUUAUCUCUUCUUCUCACCCUCGAAAAAUAUACUCAGAUAAGCUAACCGUCGCUGGUGAGUUUAAUCAGUAAGAAACUUGAUUAUUAUAUCUUCUUUUUGCUUUGAAUUGAUUUCUCGAUAAUUGUCAGUACUUCCAACCCUAACAAGAUAUCUGCAUAGAUUCUCAUUCACUGAAUCAUGUUUAACUUCCUAGUUUGGCAGCUCGAGGGGCGAACCUAUGGUUAGAUACCUCAAGUGCGAAUGCUGCUAUCUUUAGUAGGUUCAAGUCUGCUUGUGAUAGAUACUGGGAAAGUCUUCAAAAGAAAACAAACGCCAAUUUUGGUCAAGAAAAGAUUCAGUUGCCUGAAUCUAAUGGUUCUCCCACGGGAGGCCCUAGUGGCUUUUGUAGGCCUUCCCCCGUCACUUUUGCAAAAGCAGUGAAGAAUGAUGCAGAACUUGAAGGCAUGCGUAAUUCUCAUCUGAGGUAACUGAACUCUUACAAGCUUCUAUUUGUUGAAGAUUCUGUUAUUAAUCCCCCUAAAAUGUCUCCUUGACCGUCCUUUAAAGGAAGAAAUUGACAAUCUUUAUUGCCAGCUAAAUGGUGAUAGGAAUCAUGGAAUGUAUGCAGCCCUAGGUUUCGAAUCAAUAUACUUCUAUAGCAUGAAUUAUGGCAAGUUUCUAAUAUUGGGUUGGAAGAUUCACUUCCUUGGUGGUUCCCAAUUCACCGAGUAUAUAGAAGGUUGUAUGUUAUGUUUGGGUUGGCUUUGUCUCAGUCGUCGUAACGUGUGCAUUUUUUAAUACUUUUUUUCACAAUAAAUUACUACCGUCCACCAUGAGAUCAGUAAGAAGAUAAACUGCGUUUGCAUUAGCAUGUCGACUUAUACUGAAAUAUCUGUACUUAGCUUUGGAUAGUGUUGUAGUAACAAACAUUUUGAGUUGUAGCGACCAAUGAAUUGCAAAAUGAAACAAUUUUCUAAAGUGACCAAGUUAAUUGUAAAUUUCAUAAAUUGAAUAGGGUGAUCUCACAUGAAGAAUCCCUUCUUCGUGGUUUGUAUAUGUCUAAUGCUGAUGAGGAAAUGUGACUCGGCUUUCAGAACUUUCCAUUUAGAAUUUAUUGAAAUGUAAACCAGAGAGAAGGACACAAAAUCAAUGAUAACUAAUGGUAUUUGCAGAGAUGCGGCUGCUCUUGCAGAAUUUUGGGCUUGGCUGGAGGAAGAGGUCCAUAAGACUCCAGUAACUGAAGUAGAAGUUGCUGAUAAGCUGCUCGAGUUCCGUUCAAAGCAGAGUGGAUUCCUUGACACGAGCUUUGAUACUAUCAGCGGUAUGGCUAUACUUUGUUCCUUAGUGCACACAAUAAAGUAGAAUCAAUCGUCUGCUGUAUUACAGGGACCUUAGAGCAUUGCAAUCGUAUUGAUCCAUAGCUUUGCUAUUUAUUAUUACUACUACUUUUAAUUUAUAUCUGGGUUCCUAAUUUUGUUAAUCCCUUAUAUUUUCAAUGUAUUUAAUGAAUAAAACCAGUUUUCAUGGUGCAGCAUAUGGUCCAAAUGGUGCGAUCAUUCAUUAUAGGCCAUAUCCAGAAAGCUGUAGUGUUGUUGAUUCCAAAAAUCUUUUUCUACUGGAUAGUGGCGGUCAGUAUGUUGAUGGUACCACUGACAUAACGAGAACCGUUCAUUUUGGAGAACCCACUUCCAGGCAAAUGGACUGUUUUACCAGAGUCUUACAGGUUUCUUGUUAUUUCGAUGUUUUCUUUACUUUAUUGUCUUUGGGCUGAUUUGAUUUCUAGUAGUUUCUUUAAUUCAAUCAUCGACUUCACAAUAUUUCAAUCAUGUGUUCUUAGCUUUCCCAUUAAUUGUGAUCGUGCUACAGGGACAUAUAGCUAUUGAUCAAGCAGUAUUCCCUGAGCGUACUCCUGGUUUUGUGCUCGAUGCACUUGCUCGCAUUCCUCUCUGGAAGAUUGGGCUAGAUUAUCGUCACGGUAACCUCCAAUUACUUCUUUGACAUGUUAGUGUGCCUUGUAAAAACACUAUAUGGCAUCGUAUGAACUCUCUGCGUUCUUUUUAGGAACUGGCCAUGGUGUUGGAGCAGCACUCAAUGUACAUGAAGGGCCUCAAAGUAUCAGCUUCCGAUUUGGAAAUAUGACUCCACUGCAGAAAGGGAUGGUUGUCAGCAACGAACCUGGAUACUAUGAAGACCAUUCUUUUGGCAUUCGGAUCGAGGUACUGCAGUAAUUAUUAUGAUUGCGUUUGCAGAAUACAAUGGUCACACAUUCGUAUGCUAUUACCAUGCACCAAAAUGUUACCUCAUAGAUAGAUAUAUAUAUAUAUAUAUAAAUGGAUUUAUAAUUUAUAUCUGCUUCUCAAUCCAGAUUUGAGAUUAUAUGCUCUUGUCCAGUACACAGGCUUCACCAAGUUGGCAUCAUUAAUCGCUUUCAAUAAAUAGUCGGUGCUCUUUGUUACCUUCUCUCCGCACAUUGCCACUUCAAAUGUGCCUAAUCUUUAUGAAAUCUUGAAAUUUGUUUCAUACGAAUUGAAAAUUUGAAAUAAACGUUAUAUAUUUAAGUUCCUGUGUGUGGGUUUUUUACAAUUAUGCAAUAUAUGAUGUGUCGUGGAUACGGCAUGCAUCGGGGAUUAAGCCAAAGGGGAUGCCAGGUGCAUCCCCUCCUGGAUCGUCAAGCUUUUACAUCGCUGAAACAAACUAGGGCUUUGAAAAGAUCUGAUCUCUCACAUCCCUCUCUGCAGAAUCUUCUUUACGUAAAAGAGGCUGAAACACCAAAUUGCUUUGGAGGAAUUGCAUACCUUGGCUUUGAAAAACUUACGUUCGUCCCCUUUCAGGUAAAUUACCUGCUUCGUAAGCUCUACCAUCUUGACCUGUGAAUCUGCCUCGUUCAAUGGAUGCAGAAUAAGUAAGUGUUGCUUUAUGGAGGUGGCGAGGAAGUGUAUGAAGUCGCGUACAGUUUGUGUAGAGACAUGCCAUUCUAUUAAUUACCCCCGUCACCAUUUAUUUUAUGCAUCCAUCCAUUUCUUCAUUAUUAUUCAUCGUUUUCAAUUUAUUUUUUUCUGACCAGCCUUCUGCUUAACAUCCUGCAGGGCAAAUUAAUUGAUUUGUCCCUCUUAUCUGCUGUGGAGGUCAGAUGGCUCAACGAUUAUCAUUCCCAAGUGUGGGAAAAGGUCAGCCAUUGAAGGGGAGAGCGCUAUGAUUGACUUCCGGCUUGUCUUUUUGUUUUUCUUUGCUUUGGAAUAGUGAAGCAGUUCGUAUAUUUCUUCAAUGUUGGUUGCAACAACAUAGUCCUAAGAAAUCAAUUUAUAUUUCUUUUGUUGCAUGGAAACUUAACCAUGGCCAUGUUGUAGUUAUUUGGGACGAUGAUCUCCUCAUGCUUUGCGGCCUGACAUGCAGGUUUCACCAUUGCUGGACGGCCCCGCUCUUAAAUGGCUGUGGGACAACACGAGACCUCUCUCCAAGUAG